CCACCGACUCACCUCGGGCCAAGCACAAAAAGUUGAUACGGACUGAUCCCUCUCAGUCUCAGUGCCUCACCAACUCUAAAACCCCAUAUUUUUACAUCCACGUUGAGCUCUCUCACUCUCAGAAUCUUCCUCACCGACGCCAUGGCUCUCGAGGUUGCUGUUAAGGCUGCAGUUGGUGCACCUGAUGUUCUUGGAGACUGUCCAUUUAGCCAAAGGGUUCUCCUGACUUUGGAGGAGAAGAAAGUGCCUCACGAAAGGCACCUCAUCAAUCUCAGUGACAAACCCGGAUGGUUUCUGCAAGUGAAUCCCGAAGGGAAGGUGCCUGUGGUGAAGUUUGAUGACAAAUGGGUAUCUGAUUCUGAUGUUAUUGUUGGGAUUCUUGAGGAGAAAUACCCUCAACCUGCUCUCACUACUCCACCAGAAUUCGCCUCUGUGGGAUCAAAUAUAUUUGGUAAGUUUGUGACUUUCUUGAAGAGCAAAGACUCAAGUGAUGGGUCAGAACAGGCUUUGCUUACGGAACUGAAAGCUCUUGAAGAGCAUCUUAAAGCACAUGGCCCAUAUAUUGCUGGUGAGAAGGUUAGUGCUGUAGAUUUAAGUUUAGCCCCAAAAUUGUACCAUCUUGAUGUGGCACUUGAUCAUUUUAAGAAGUGGGCUGUCCCUGCUGAGUUGACUAAUGUCCUCAACUACAGGAAGCUGCUAUUCUCACGGGAAUCAUUCGAGAAAACCAAGGCUGAAAAGAAAUACAUAAUUGCAGGAUGGGAGCCAAAAGUCAAUCCAUGAACUACUUCUAGAAUAUAAGAAUUUGAAGCUAUGCAUCCCCUUUUAAAUGGCUUCAUCCAAACGAGGCUUUGGUUUAUAUGUAGCCAUGUUAAAUAAAUGUGUGCCUAUUAAUAUGUUAUACUUGCUCUAUUCGAGUACUAAUAAAAAGGGGUGAUUUUCGUCAA